AUGACAGAUAAGAAGUUAGACGAAGAAGGGGGCCCGCCCCCAUACACCCCGGGGUUUGAUAACCUGCCGGCUUAUCACGACCUCCCUGCCAAAAAAGUAGACUUGCCACCCUACCAACAAGAGGAAGGAUACAGUUACCAGGAUCCCAGCUACUGUCAUGAGAGCCCCAGAACAUUCGAGGCGCUCAACCGCUCUGAUAUGAUCUUGUCUGUUGAGAACCUUGGUAGUGACUCUGUUUUCAUCCUUUGUUUUCUUGUUUGUUUCCUGUUCAACUGGAUAGGCUAUGUGGUGUGUUGUUGUCUUUUCACUUCGGUUGCUGCACGAUGUGGCGCUAUCAGUGGUAUUGGCCUCAACCUUGUCAAGAUGCUCCUCAUUAUCAAGAGAUGCUCGUUUGUGAACCCCCAAAUGGUGGCAGCUAGAGAGUAUUUGGAAAUUCAUGAGUUUCAGUUUCUUGCUCUCAUGGCAAUAGGUAAGUCACGUGAGUAG